AUGUCGUCAGCUAAAAGCCUGUCUAUCGGCAUUGACCUGGGCACCACCUACUCCUGUGUGGGGGUGUUCCAGCAUGGUAAAGUAGAGAUCAUCGCCAACGACCAGGGCAACAGGACCACACCCAGCUAUGUGGCCUUCACAGACACCGAGAGACUCAUCGGUGACGCAGCAAAGAACCAGGUGGCCAUGAACCCCAAACAACACAGUUUUCGACGCCAAGCGCCUGAUUGGCCGAAAGUUCGACGAUCAGGUUGUGCAAGCCGACAUGAAGCACUGGCCCUUCAAGGUGGUCAGCGAUGGAGGAAAGCCUAAAGUUCAGGUAGAUUACAAAGGUGAGAACAAAUCCUUCAACCCAGAGGAAAUCUCCUCCAUGGUCCUGGUGAAGAUGAGGGAGAUCGCUGAGGCCUACCUGGGCCAGAAGGUGUCCAACGCAGUCAUCACAGUCCCCGCCUACUUCAACGACUCACAGAGACAGGCCACUAAGGAUGCUGGAGUGAUCGCUGGGCUGAAUGUACUGAGGAUAAUCAACGAGCCCACAGCGGCAGCAAUCGCCUACGGCAUGGACAAAGGCAAAUCCAGGGAACGCAACGUCCUGAUCUUUGAUCUGGGCGGGGGCACCUUCGACGUGUCCAUCCUGACCAUUGAGGAUGGGAUCUUUGAGGUGAAGGCCACUGCUGGGGACACUCACCUGGGUGGGGAGGACUUUGACAACCGCCUCGUCAGCCACUUUGUGGAGGAGUUCAAGAGGAAACACAAGAAGGACAUCAGCCAAAACAAGCGGGCUCUGAGGAGGCUGAGGACGGCCUGCGAGAGGGCCAAGAGAACCCUGUCCUCCAGCUCCCAGGCCAGCAUUGAGAUCGACUCCCUCUUUGAGGGCAUCGAUUUCUACACCUCCAUCACCAGGGCUCGUUUUGAGGAGAUGUGUUCGGACCUCUUCAGGGGAACCCUGGAGCCUGUGGAAAAAGCCCUCAGGGACGCCAAGAUGGACAAGGCCCAGAUCCAUGACGUUGUCCUGGUCGGAGGCUCCACCCGGAUCCCCAAGGUCCAGAAGCUCCUGCAGGACUUCUUCAACGGUCGAGAGCUGAACAAGAGCAUCAACCCAGACGAGGCGGUGGCCUACGGUGCUGCCGUCCAGGCGGCCAUCUUGUCUGGCGACAAGUCUGAGAACGUCCAGGAUCUGCUGCUGCUAGACGUGGCUCCCCUGUCCUUGGGCAUCGAAACCGCCGGAGGGGUCAUGACCGCCCUGAUCAAACGCAACACCACCAUCCCAUCCAAACAGACCCAGACCUUCACCACUUAUUCCGACAACCAGCCCGGGGUCCUGAUCCAGGUUUACGAGGGAGAGAGAGCCAUGACUAAGGACAACAACCACCUGGGGAAGUUUGAGCUCUGUGGAAUCCCCCCUGCCCCACGAGGAGUCCCUCAGAUCGAGGUGACCUUUGACAUCGACGCCAAUGGCAUUCUGAACGUAUCAGCGGUGGACAAGAGCACGGGCAAAGAGAACAAGAUCACCAUCACCAACGACAAGGGGCGGCUCAGCAAAGAGGAUAUUGAGAGGAUGGUGCAGGAUGCCGACAAAUACAAAGCUGAGGACGACGCACAGAGGGAGAAGAUAGCAGCCAAGAACUCCCUGGAGUCGUACGCCUUCAAUAUGAAGAGCAGCGUGGAGGAUGACAACAUCAAAGGUAAGAUCAGCGAGGAGGACAAGAAGAAAGUGGUGGACAGGUGCGACCAGGCCAUUUCCUGGUUGGAGAACAACCAGCUUGCAGACAAAGAGGAGUACGAGCUUCAGCUGAAGGAGCUGGAGAAAGUGUGCCAGCCUAUCAUUACCAAGCUAUACCAGCAAGGAGGGAUGCCCACAGGUAGCUGUGGAGAUCAGGCAAGGUCCAGCUCUGGUGCCAGCUCCCAAGGCCCAACCAUUGAAGAGGUUGACUAA